ACAGGGUAUGUAUAUUGAGACAUGCCGGCAAUUCAACAUUUUCAGUAAACGAUUUGAAAGAAAGCCACAAAAAUAAUGGCGUCGUACGAUUUUGGAUUCAGGGAAGUCAUUCCUGACCAGACGCUCCCCGAAAAAUGGAAGGAAGUUACCAUAAACACAGGGGGCACGCAGAGCACCUUGCAAGAUAUAAAAGUGCCAGAGAGAGCCGGAGGGUUCACCUACAAGGACACGACCCUGCCGUAUACCAGAAAUCGAUUCAUCUAUUGGCGUAUCAGCCACGACGUUUUGGAACUGGUGGAGCAAAGCUUGGACAUCAAUCUAGUUCACAACCACGUCCGAUUCCGCUUCCAAGACUCGCCAAUCCUUGAAGGUGUUUCGAUUCAAGAGACAGCCAACUCGGUGCAGGUGCUCGUGCCAACCGUUUCCAGCGUCCACCGGCUAGUUUUCCCUCACCCUGACGCCAUCACCUCUAGAAGCUUGCAGGCCUUCAACCUGAGACAACCACAGGACUCGGUGUUUGUUGAGGCUGGCAUCAACUGCGUCCAACAGCAGUACAUCAUCCACCACUCUGCUCCAAACUCUACGCUGCCUCAUCUGGCUGCGUCAUACCUGGCUGUGAACGAUGAGGCCAUCUUCGCCCUGCAGUACAACUCUGGCAGCACCCUUGUGGUCCGGAUGGACUACAUAAGCGGAUUGGUCAGUGCUACCGAGCUGAAAGAAACCACUCUGGUGUCGCGUCUCUUGGGAAUCGUGCCUGGACCCUUGCUCAGGGCGAAAACCUCUGACGACGACUUCGUCACGUCGCUAGUGCUUCACACCCUGGGAUUGGCCACGUACCUCUUCACCUUGUCCCAGGACUGCAAGCUGAAGAUGUGGUCCGUGGACAGGCAGGAGUGCAUUAUGGCGGCCAAUUUGCUUGACUUUCUCCACGUUCCCAGACCCCAACAAGGCAUUCCAGAACCUGGAAGACAAAACCACAUGUUGCGGAAAGCCGUCGGUCGAGACGAAAACGAUUUGCACAUCGGCAUUUUCCUGUCCUUUGCGCGCAAGAGUGCAUUUCUCAUUAUGAAACCGGUGUCGGAACAGGGCUACUACGACCUCAAGUCCCUCAUUGCAGUCAACGACAAUCAAGUUGGCGCAGAGAACGAUCUGGUCGAUUUCUGGAUCAGCUGCUACUCGAUUUGGGCUAUGUGGGCCAACCCUGUCGGAGAAACAAUUGUGCGUCACCGGCGUUUCCGAGACGAAGCCAGUCACUCGCACGGAACUAACUGGACGCAGGUCGUGCCAGAAAACGCUCUGGACCGCAAUUUUGAUCCCAGCGCUCACCCCAACCUGGAGGCCAAGCAGGCCUACCUCAGCUAUAUUUUCCAGCCGGGAAAGCUGCCUCUCUCUGUCAUCAAUAGAGCACUCACUAUUUUCCGAAGACCAACUGGUGGAGCAAUGCCAACACAAUAUCCUGAAGUCUCCGCCUCCGUCCUGAAGGAGAGAGUCGCUGUGGUUGUGGAGAAUGAGAUUAAAAACGAAAUCUCCGAUUUGGAAAUCACAGACGAGGAGUAUAUUGAAAUUUCUUGGAGAGCCUGGGCCAAGUUCUACUCGUGUUGCGUGCAGUACUACUGGGCGGGAACGCGGCCAGUGGCGUUCCUGGCCGCCCCAGCCAACGACAUGAUUCCUGGGCCACUUUCCAACAAUCCAAUUGGCAUUGUGUGCAAAGCGCAAUUCUCCUUAUUCAGACCAAUCGACGAGCUUGAGCACUUGUGGGCCAUUGGCUCAGGCUCCUCGGGCUCAUCCGAUAUCUCGACGUUCAACCCAGUCACCAGGCCUAAUAACGUGUGCACCUCAGACAUGGUCACAUUUUUCCAAGCCUUGUAUCGCAUGGAGAAACACUUACCAGACGAAAUCAAGGAGAACUUUCUUAAGGCCUUGUUCUAUCAGCAAGAUCCGAAGGAUUUUGCCACCAACCUGGUCGAAGAAUAUGAUAGUGAGUAUUUCUCGCGUCGAUCGGCAAACAAACUCCUUUCGGGAAUCAUGCCGGACAUGAUUGAUGAAGUGGUACACCUGCUGACCUUUUACUCGCUGGACCACAACGCCGCCACCGAGAUGGACAUUGAGGGCGAAGAUCUGCCACGGAAAGAGCUGGACAACAUCUCCUUUUUGUUCAGCAGCCAGCUAGGCAGCAACGUGGUGGCCGAGGCGCUGCAUCAGUCGAGCCAGGGUCGCUUCCAGGUGCUGCGCAACCUGCUGUUCUUGCUGCUGUGCCUGAAGAAGCACUUGACCACCAUCUUCCCCAAGGUGGACGUCAAUAGCACGACGGCUGAGCGGCUCCGCGUGCGCCUUAUUCCGCACACAGCGCAGCUGAUCAGGUGCUACUACAUCAUCAACUGGGUGGCGACAUCUUCGUGCGGCUUAGCCGUGCCCACCAUGCUUGAUGCCAGCAUCCAGCAGCUCAACAUACUCAGCAUGAGGGACAAGGUUGAAGGCGCCGACGCAGUCCACCUCGCUCUCAGAGGCAACAAAGCCCACACUUUGCUCUCUUUGUUCCUCUCCUCCAAAUCUGCCAGGUAUGCUCAAAAUCUGAUGGCGCAGCAGGGAACAGAAAUCGACCUGCUGAGUCAGUGGCACACGUCGAUGCUGCCCUACAUGACCAUCGUGGGCAAGCUGCUUUGGCCAUCAAGCUACCUCUUCGUCUUCCCAGAGUUCCUGCUCAGCGCCUGUCAGUACCUUUUGGUCGAGCAGUAUGUGCGCCUCCUGAAGCCCUGGUGCGACAGCAACGUCCAUUCUCGCGAAUUCCUUCUUGGCUCUGUCCUCCUCGACAUGGGUGAAGCUGAGAAGGCGUGCGAUCACUUUCUUGUCGCGGCAAAUGGCGUCAGCAACGAAAGCUUCCUGGCCAGUCACCUUGCCAGACCGAAUUAUGAGGAUGAACUUGAGCCUACGCAUGAGCAUCGACUUGUUCUUUAUUUCUUGAAGGUGAUCAAACUGUUUGAUCAGUUGGAUCAUUCAGAUUGUGUGCUGCGCAUCGUGGAUCAAGCAAUUCGAGACGCGGAGAUGGAUGACCCAGAGAUGGCCACUCUGCACUCGAUCAAAUUCAACCACUUGCUGCGCAUAGGCCGGCACUCUGAAGCCUUUGAAGCCAUGCACUACAACCCAGAUUCUUCCAGGAGACAAGACUCACUGCGUCAGCUGAUCAACUCCCUGGUGCAUCACAAGAAACUGCACAAACUCGUCGACUUCAGCUACUCACCGGCCAUGCUGGCUGCUGCUGAAGAAGUCCUCGUUGUCAAAGCAAGGUCGCAGCACUUGCUGGCUUCAGAGUUCUACACUGUUGUUCAUGCGUUACAUGCGAAACAUCUGAACUACAGAAAAGCUGCAUCGAUCAAAUACGAGCAAGCCUUCCGGCUGAGCAGAGAGGUUAACGGGUUGGCCAGCAUGAAGCUGCAGGCGCGCUGCCUUCAAAUCGCGAUCAAUGAGCUGUGCCUGGUGCCCAAGGAGUAUCAGUGGGUGCUGAAGCCCUACUCCAGCGUGAAAAACGCCACUUUGAGCUCCGUGUUCAGUGACUACGAGCCACCAAACCAGAGUCCAAAGCGCAACUAUGACGGAGAGAAAAUCGCGCAAGUGGACGGGGUCAAGAAAAUGGAAAUCGUGGAGCUGUGGCAGAUGCGGCGGGACAGUGAGGUGUUGCUCGCCAAGAUAGAGCUGAUUGGACCAGACGCUGCCAAUAGCCUAGUCUCUCUUGUGUCCAAUUUAUCCGUGGAGCAAUUCAUCGGUCAUCUGAUCAAUGAAAGCCACUUUGACCUGGCCCUGCGUCUGUCCACCCUGCACGAACUGCCAAAGGGCAGCAUCAUGGAGGCGAUAGCUGGCAAAUGUGUGGCGGUCACGCGAGACGAUGAAAAUGAUGCUAACACUUGUUGGCUCGGCUACAACUACACCUCAGAUGUUGCUGGAGGCGAUGGGUCCGUGAGUAGUGUUGCUUGGAAGUACUUGCAGAAGUGCUUGAAGCAUCACGAGGAGAGUGGCAGAACCGAAAUGCACAAGGCAAUCGUCAUCAAACUGAUCAAGGUUGAGGCAUUUCUACCCCAAUGGCUCAUUGAUUCAUAUAAGAAAAAGAAUGCUGCCGAGUUAUUGCGAAUCCUGCUGAUGGCAGGGCGACUGGAGGAGGCUGGGCAGCUUAGUUGUGAAAUGUACAACGCUGGAAUGGGACAUGGCUCAAAAGAGUUUGGAAUGGGACGCGGCAUUAGCAACAAAAAUUCGUCAGUUUGGCUUCCACUCAAUCUUCUCAUGUGGUGCUCCAGAGAGCUUGAAGCAGCCGUUGUAAAAGACAAACUAGGAGCUCCUUUUGAUCAACUCCUGGAAGAUUUGAAGGACGUGCAAUCCGCCUAUGUGGAAAAAUUGAAACGAAUGUCAGAAGGCAUGCAAGUUAAGGCUCGAAUGCCUUCUAAGUUUAAACGUGCGCUGGAGCGUUCAACGUUCAACCAGACAACCAGCUGUGUAUCUUGGUACAGAACAGAACACAGUGUUUCAAGCAUGGCCUCCGAUACAAUGCACGUGCAGGACCAAAAUAAUGGCAAAAUCAGUGACAAAUCUAGCAAAAUGAGUAAAAGGCGAGGAAAAAAGCUAUGGGGUCCGAAAAAGAAACCUCAUGUUGUCGAGUUUGAAAAAAUCAAGGAGCUGAAGCGGAGCUACGACAAGGUUGACCUCUCCAAAGUUAGCACGUUUGCAGAUCUCCCUCUCUCAGACCACACUCUCAAUGGACUCAAAGACAACAGCUUCACGCAUCCCACAGAAAUCCAGAAGGCGAGCUUGCUUUACAGCUUGCAGGGAAAUGACAUUUUAGGAGCAGCAAAAACAGGCAGUGGAAAAACGCUCGCCUUUUUAAUUCCAGUUCUUGAGAGCCUCUAUUGCCAGCGGUGGACUCGACUUGAUGGAUUAGGCGCAUUGAUUCUUACUCCUACGAGAGAGUUGGCUUUGCAAAUCUUUGAAACCCUCAAGAAAGUUGGCAAAAACCAUGGAUUUUCAGCUGGAUUAAUAAUUGGUGGAAAAGAUCUUAAAUUUGAGACAAAGAGGAUUGACCAGUGCAAUAUUGUAAUCGGCACUCCUGGUCGAAUUUUACAGCACAUGAAUGAAAAUCCUUUGUUUGACUGCGUCACAAUGAAGAUUUUGGUUCUCGAUGAGGCUGAUCGCUGUCUGGACAUGGGCUUUGAGAGAGAUAUGAAUUGCAUCAUUGAAAACCUGCCCCCUGAGAGGCAAACUCUGCUAUUUUCUGCAACCCAGACCAAGUCUGUGAAAGACUUAGUUCGACUGAGUUUGAGAAAUCCAAUGUAUGUGUCAGUGCAUGAACACGCCAAGCACGCUACACCAGAGGGACUGAAGCAGAGCUACAUGGUCUGCGAGCUGCACGAAAAAUUUUCAAUGCUCUGGUCCUUCGUCAAACAUCACAAGAAGAGCAAAGUGCUUGUGUUCCUUUCUAGCUGCAAACAGGUCAAGUACACAUAUGAAGCGUUCUGUCGCCUGCGGCCGGGCGUCAGUUUGAUGGCUCUGUAUGGCUCACUUCAUCAGAUGAGAAGGAUGGCUGUUUAUGAAGAGUUUUGUAAGAAGAAACACGCGGUAUUGUUUGCCACAGACAUUGCUGCCAGAGGAUUGGAUUUUCCUGCUGUUGACUGGGUGCUUCAGCUUGACUGUCCCGAAGAUGCAGACACGUAUGUCCACAGAGCUGGUAGGACAGCCAGAUAUUCCAGUUCAGGAGAGGCUCUGUUGGUGCUCUUGCCUAGUGAAGAGUCGGCGAUGAUCGAGAACUUAACCAGCAGGAGAGUUCCUAUAGAGAAGAUCCAGGUCAACCCCAAGAAGCUGAACAACCCUCAAAGAGCGCUUGAAGCUUGUCUGGCCAGAGACUCUGAGAUGAAAGCUUCAGCGCAGAGAGCGUUUGUAUCAUACUUCAAGUCAGUGCACCUGAUGAAAGAUAAAAAGGUUUUCUCUGUGGAAAAUAUGGACUCUGCCGCAUAUGCCAGAUCUCUUGGGUUAGCGUUGCCACCGAGAAUCCGGUUUUUAGAAAGAAAACGAAAGGUGGAAAAGGCAAAUGAGACAAAAGCUGAUACAAAAGGGUCUGAUUCUGAAGAUGACGAAGCUGAGCCGGAUUUGAAAACAGAGAAUUCAGGCCUGCCUUCUUCAGAUGCAUAUGAUUUCAAAUCAAAUUUAAGCGAUUCUGAUGAUGAUGUCCUCACUAUCAAGAGAAAGAAUCACGCUUUGGAGGUUGGGGAUGGUAGUGAAGAGGAAGAAGUCGCUUCAAAGGAAGAAAAGACAGGCAAACACGUGGUCACAAAGGCUGCCGUAGCAAAAAAGAUUUUGAAGAAGAAAAUUGUAGCCAACAAGAAAACUGUAUUUGAUGAAGAAGGAGAGGCCGUGAUAGAUGCAACAAAACACAAAGUGUCUGAAGCAGGUCAAAAGUAUGAUGAAAAUACUGAACGCGGUGGCAUCGACAUUGAAGAGGCUAAGAAGGCUAUGAAAGAGGAAGAUCGGUUUGACAAGGAGAGGUUCAAGGAGAGGCUGAAAGCCAAGAAGAGAGAGGCAAAACUGAAGCAAAAGCAAAAGAUGGUUGAGGAGCAAACAAUUGCAGUUCUUGAUAAUGGCGAUGAAGAGAGUGACAGUGAUGGACCAGAUUUGUCGUGGCUGCCAGACCCUGAUAAAAUCUACGGUAAGCAGAACAAGGAUGAAGGAAGCGAAAAUGAACAAGACAUGAACUCGGAAGAUGAAGCUGAGCAAUCAGAAGAGUCCUACUAUGAAGAGGAGCCACCUGUCAAAAGGAAAAAGCAAAUUCAAACGUUAUCACUUGAGGAAGAUGAAGAAUUAGCCCUUCAGUUUUUGCGAAAUAGAAAUUAAAUAAUAAUGUUAAGAAUAAAAUUUAUUCAAAGAAAAUUAAAAA